AUGUCGCCAGCACUCCUCGAUGAAAGCAAACCCAUGGCUAUGUCACUAUUAUUCUUAGGUGCUUCGGCAUUGGUUAUUCUAGCCUAUUUCAUUAGAACCAUACUUUCUCGACCCCAAAAGUUAGAUUUUCCAAUCGUGGGAAAACCAGGUUCUGUCGAUUGGCAAGAGGCAUUACGUGAAGGAGCAGCGAGAUACCCUAACACUCCAUUCACCCUUCCUAGCGAUCCUCCUAUGGUUGUCCUACCACAUUGCACUAACGAUGAAAUCCGUCUCUUCCCUAAAGAAAAUACAUCCUUUGAGAAGGAAAUUGAAUGCAUUUUCUAUACGGCUCAUAUCUUUUGUAGGGAUGCAUCUGUUGUUGUCAAAAUUGUCAAAACUGAUUUAAUAUGUUAUGUUGUAUCAACUACAGAUUGUAUAAAAGCGAAGAAUACUGUGGUUGAAUGGCCGGCAUGGACAAGAUAUUUUGUAGCACUAUUCCUGCCAGAAAUUAAGAAAGUUCAAUCGCAUAUGAAUAGGGCAGCAGAUUUGUUGAAACCGCUUAUUGAUGGAUGUAUUCGGAGGUUUAGAGAGGGACAAGGACUGGGCGGAGAAUCGGGUGAUGAAUUUGAAGACGACCAGGGAGCAUUUGUUAUUUGGAUGAUGAAGCACACAAGUCCGGAGCUUAGAGAGAAUCCUUACAACUUGGCUGUAAACCAAUUGACUCUAUCAUUCGCUUCAAUUCACACAACAAGUUCGGCUAUUUGUUAUGUCUUUUAA